AUGGCCUCGCCGCUCGUGCGGCAGAUCCACAUGUUCCUGCUGCUGCACCGGCUGGGCACGUCUCCGCCGCGGUACCUGUACCUGACGGACGGGGGCCCCCUGGAGGACCUCGGGGUGGUGCAGCUGCUCCGCAGGCGGCGGCGCUGGAUCUUGUCCGUGGACUGCGGCGACGACCCUGCCUGCGAGCUCCUGGACCUCAGGAACGCAAUCGAGCUUGCCAGGCGGGAGAGGACCUGCAGCUUCUUCGACGUCGAGGACCCGCGUCGCGACCUGGAGGUGGUCCUAGACGAGUACGCCCAGGGCCGAGAGCCGUUCCUGCACCUCGGCGUCCUCUACCCCGCCGUCCCCGGCGGGCGAUCGGAGGAGGAAGGCGAGAUCUUCCACGUGCGCAUGCGGCUCCUGGAGCAGCCGGGCGAGGAGAAGACGGUGCAGCCGGAGGUGUCCCGGGAGGAGGUCAUGCAGACGGCCGCCCGCCCUUGCCACGCGGUGCCGCGGGCGUCGCGACGCGCGGACAGGGACGCGCCCCUGGUGCAGCCCGCGAUGAUGGAGCCCAUCGAGCUCGAGCGCAGCGUCUCCCGCGGCGCACGCUGCUGCGCCCGCGAGGCGUGGGAGCUGCCGCGCAGCCAGCUCGGCGGGGCCUGCUGCGAGUGCUGCCACGGCUGGGUGCGCGGCGGCUUCCCCCACACCCACACGGCGAACCAGUUCUUCACGCCGCUGAUGUGGGCCAACUUCUGCCGUCUCGGGCGCGAGCUGUGCGAGCCCGCGGUCCAGGCCCUCUCCGCCCGCCAGCACGCCGCGCCGCAGCGCGCCGCGCCCGGCGCGGCGGCAGCCGGCAGGGCGCCGCCGGGUGCCGCGGCGGGCUCCCCGCUGCCUUAG